AUGUUAGAACAAAUUAUUCCACAUAUCCAAAACAAUAAAAGGAAAAACCAACCUAUUCAUCAACUCAUUGAGGUUUUACAAGCUAAGAAAGCAGCUCCAACCAUGUCUAUGCCAGCUCUGAAACAAGAGUUCUCUAACCUCUGCCAGAAGAAACAGGAUUACUUAGCCCGCCAACGAAAAACCUCCUUAUUAGUUGAUCCAUUAUACAUCGAUGAUAGUAAUGCAAUGCAUCAAUUUUCCGGGUUCUAUCAGAAGGUUUCGAAUGCAGCAGUGCCUGCUGAAGAUCAUCAACAACAAAUUAACUUAAUUCAACAAAUCAUUCAAGAGUCAAUCAUCAUUGAAUGGCCGAAAUCAGUGAACGGUUUGACCGCUGACGGAUCAGCAAUGGAAAUUGAUAUGGCACCGUUGAUCCAUCGUGCUCGUAACGUUGUAAAAUGCCGAACAAGUCAUCCCACCAUGCGCAUAAAAGUUUUCGCCAUCGCUAAAGAAGAUGCGAACAGUCUGCCAACUACUGUGGAAGCCUUCUUCAGAGCUACCUUAGUAAAGCUUUCGAGUGAAAGCGGUGAACCAAGACAAGUUGCUGGUCGUAUGAUUUUGACUCAACGUGAAGGUACUCCAGCCACGAAAACGCAAGACCAGAAUGGAGCUACCGUAACAUCUGACGGUAAAUUGGUAGCAAGCCAAUCUAAAGCUGGAGUUGAUGUUAGUGCGUUCGCUGUCUUAGAGCGUAUGAAAGAGCCAUCCGCUAAAACUACAGGAUUCAAGUAUGAGAAUGGAAUACUUUGUGCAACAUUCCCGGAAAUGGGAGUCACAUUGAACUCUAUGGUUGAUCGUCGUCAGCUGGCUACUCGUUAUGCUAUCCAAGUAGAAGUUGUCAUAAACAUUGAUUACAAGCUCAUUAUCAACCAUACAUUGCUAUCACAUCCAUUCCUUAUUGCAAUCACGAACGACCAGACAGAGCCCUUGUUGCAUUCUAUUUUUUGGAAUCGCUUGACUGAUAACGAUGCGGCAGCUACUGAAUCAAUUGAUGCACAUCAAACUGAUGUUGCUUUGCCUUGGUCAGUCUUACGUCUGGCUUUGUUGAACUUCAUCAAAGCUCAGCUGGUUCAAGCUCGUUCAUUGUCAAUCCAUGAACUCUGUCAUUUGCAAUGUAUGAUUCUCUUGCCCAGAGUAAUUGAAUGCAAGACAACAACAGAUGUCACCAACUUGGAACUCAUUUUCUUCGGUAACAAUCAUUGUACUACUACUCAAGAGCUGCGUGAUCGUCUACUCAAGGAAGAAGUUCUCCCUGCCACAGUUAUCGAACGUCACCAGUUCAUGACCGACAAAUGCGUUUCCAUUCUGGAUAUGACAACCGAGCUCUCACAUACUGUAUGGCUGUGGCUGUUCAGAGUUUCUGAAAUGGUUCUUGAUGUUGGACACAGAUUAUGUCCAAGUCCUUCUUUAGCAGAUAAGAAAACUUCAAAGACGAAGAAGCAAAUGGCCGCUUCGGAAGAAUACCAGACCAUGUUGAGUCUCUUCAAUAGAGGUUAUAUUACAUUGGCCAGUGUUGACACAGCUUCUCAAAUCUAUCGAGACUCUCCAGAUGAGAAUUCGUCACUGAUGAUGAGAUUCUGUGAUGAGAACUGCGGAUUCCUUUCAAUUGUUUAUGGAUUCGAUGAAGCGAGUCCAACAUCACUCAAGUUGGGCUCAAUAUCUUCUGAGCAAUUGAAAGAUUUCAAGCAAGGAUUGCCUGAGGUGCUGAUGGAUGAGAAGUUCCCAUCUUCUUUUGACAAGAUUCUGCAAAUCACUAGUGAGCCAGAAACCCCAGAAGAGUAUUGUGUGCAAAGAAUAGAAAAGCAAUCGGUCUUCCACAGUUAUCGAACCACUCGAUUACAAAACGAAAGCGUCCAAGUCUUCGACAUGGAAACUGUUCGAAUUAAUCCAUUAACAGGUGAACGAAUGGAACGUUCCUUUGCAGCAACCAUGUCCAACAAUGUAUUGAAUAGUCUUCAGAAUUAUCCACAAUUGGAACAAGAGCUACUAGGACUGCGUCAAUCGUUCGCUGGCAACACACUGCUGGCUCUGAUUCAUGAGCAGAUGAUGCAGAUUCAACAAAGUAAUCAGAGAAUAUCAAGUGAUAUUGAGCAGAACCUUAGUAGAUCAAUGGCUGCUGAAAGCGAACAAGACGACAAUGUGGAUGACGAGGAAUCUACUAACACAAUAACAACUAACACACCUAACCCAGUGGAAGUCACUCUCGUUACUAACACCGCUUCCAUCCUUCAGCAGACUAUUGAAGCUGCUGCUGCCGUAGCUGCAGCAUCGUCUGAGUCAUGA